AAGGGUAAAUUAGCACUAUAAAUAAGAGCAAUGAUAUGAGUAAAAAUGAUCAAAACAAACCCACAUCUGUAUUAUCAAAUCUUGUCUCAAAAGUGUUUAGCUAAUAUUAUGGGUUUCUCCAAAUUUGCUGUUUUUGCGCUUCUUAUGCUCGCUGCAUCAGGUGUGAUAGAUGCGAAAUAUCAACCAAUCACCACCGGACCAAUAAUGAGUGAGGAACUGUUGAAGGCCGAAGUGAAGGCAUUGGCAUCACUUAGAGAAAUUGAAAGGAGUGUUAUUGCUUCAAAGCUGAUGCAAAAACUGAUCAGGACCGAAGAUAAGUGUUCUCCUCCGGGGGCCGCAUGUGGACGAUCGGAAGACUGUUGCUCCGGCGCUUGUGUUCCCCAUCCUUUUAUGUUUAUCAUUGUUUGCCAGUAAGAGAUCGAGGUUGCAUGGAUAAUCGGAUCAUGAUCCACCGAUAUGAUCGAUCAUCACCUUCAAUUUCCUUCGUUAAUUAUGUACUCCGAUCGAUCCCUACUUUUUACUGUAUCCGUGUAUCCGUGUACCAUAUAGAAUAAAAUUGACCAAUCUCUUGAGUGGUAGUUCUUGGAUUAGGAUCAAGUUUGGUUUCUAAUUUCUCGAUCUUAAUUAAGCCAAUAAUCUAUGUCUAUUUGUUUUAGCUAACCUUGUAAGUUCCGCACCAACAACUUGUGUCGGUUUAGGACAGAGCAAGAGAAGAUAUAUAAUCCCUUAUA